CAGACGUCUUGUAAACGACUGUGUACUGUGUUCAAAUUAGAUUUUAUUGUUUCACUUGUAUACAUUCCGCUUUUAUUACUGUGAAUCAUCUAUUGUGAGAUACAGUAACAGUACAGCCAUGGCUACUUUAGAGGAUAAAAUUUUGGGAAACAAAUUACAAAACUAUUGUAGUAGCAGUGAAGAUGAAGGAGAAUCUGAUGACGAUAGAAGUGGCGAUGAAGAAGGAGAGAUUACCAAGUCUCAAGUGGCGACAAAUGCUGAACCACCACCCAUUAAUAACUGGACAGGUCAAGCAAGUAACACUGGACCGAAAGGAGUACUCGAAGAUUGGAGGAGAUUCAAGCAGUUGGAAGCCGAAAACCGUGCGGAGCUUGCGAAAGAGCGAAUCGCUUUAGCGAAGAAACUUACCCUGACCGUUAAACCUGAACGCGAAGCUGCUCAAGAAAAACAGCAAGAAGAAAUGGAGGAUGAGUUGUCUGAAUUAAUGGAUGAGGAAUUUUUGUUGCAAUAUCAGAAGCAAAGAAUGGAAGAAUUAAUGAGCCAGUUGCAGAAGGUACCCAAAUUUGGCGUACUCACAACUCUUAAUAGCCAAGAUGAGUUCCUCAAUGCCAUUGACAAAGAAGACCCAAAAGUUACAGUAAUCAUCCACAUUUACAAUAGCAAUACUAGAGCUUGUGAAACUAUGGAUGGGUGUCUGAAUAUACUUGCAACCGAUUACCCAACAAUAAAGUUCUGUCGCAUAGCUGCAGACAUAACUGGACUUAGCCGUCACUUCCGUGUAGAUGGUGUGCCUGCAUUGUUGGCAUACAAAGGAGGCCAGAUAAUCGGCAACUUUGUACAACUGGCUACAGAACUUGGUAAUGAUUUCUUUGCUGUUGAUGUGGAGCGCUUUCUCAUUGAGUAUGGAAUGCUACCAGAAAAAUAAUAAACACAAAUUUAUGCCU